AUCACUUUUCCCAAGCAUCGCAGACAUCGAAGCAAUCUGAGCUUGAGAGCUCUAGUAUCACGCUCACAUUACCUUGAAUCUGGUUUGCAACCGCCUGUCAUUCACACAGUCAUACCUUACUCAUACUUUCCCACGAUGAGUUGCCUCGCUACCCGCUCUGUUUUGCCUCUUGGCCGCCGUCUCAUCACUAGCCGCGCUCGCCUUAGUACCGCCGCGUUGGGCUCACUCGAUAUUGGAUCCGGCAAUGGCAUGUCCAUGCCGCCUGGUUUCAAUAUCGACGUCGCUCGCCAGCCCAACAAGCAGCCCAGGAUCCAAUCACCGGGCAAGAUCGGUACCGUCGCCGACAAAAUCCAUGCUCGCGAUGAUUUGGGCAAGACCAUGCCACCCAAUUUCAAGGCCCAAGUCGCCCACCUCGACACCUUUGAACUCCCAGAGAAAAUCACGGGCUCUGCUAGCGACCGCGCACUUGGCAAGGCCAUCAUUGACACUUGGCGCUACGAGGGAAUCAUCCAAAUCGCUCAGAGUGAUCUGCAGAAGAAGCUAUGGAACGACGCCAAGGCCGCCAGCAAGCGCUUCUUCCGGAAGCCCGCGGCCGAGAAGGCGGCUUGUGUUGACUCGCAGAGUUAUGCCGGAUAUAUUGCAUCCGGCGAGGAGGUGACGGACGGCAUCGCUGACUACUCGGAGAUCUUCACCAUCACCAAGGAUCUCGACCUGGAGGAGCCGCGCGUCCGGGCAAAGUGGCCCUGCCACGGUCCUUGCCCCUGGCCUGAUGUGGAAAUGAAGGAGCCCAUGAUGCGAUACGUCGACAAUUUAGGGCUCGAGGGCGAGAAGAUCCUCCAGUUGGCCGAGUUUGGUUUGGGUGUUGCUCCCGGUACACUCACACAGUACACGCGUGAUGGUUGGCAUCAUACAAGGGUCCUUCGUUUCCCACCCCGCAACGCUACCAAUGGAAAGGGCAAGGAAGGCCGAGGCAUCGGCUCGCACACGGACUAUGGCCUUCUCGUCAUCGCCGCCCAGGACGACGUUGGUGGUCUCUUCAUCCGCCGCCCUCGGGACGACGAGAAGUUUGCAAACUGGCAGAAAUCCGCCGCCGGCCAUAAGGAGGACGCAGACGGAUGGUUCUACAUCCCGCCCGUCGAAGGGGUGCACACAGUCAUCCUUGGCGAUAUGAUGCAGUACCUGACGAACAACUACCUGACCGCGACGCCGCACAAGGUGGGACUCAACACCCGCGAGCGUUUCGUUAUGGCUUACUUCCAUGAGCCUUCUUUCCAAGCUGUCAUCAAGCCUAUCAACGAGGGUUGCGGAGGCAUGCGGACCGCCUCUGAGCAGGCCGAGGAGGGCGUCCAUUACGGUACCCACUUCACCAACAUGUUCAUGCGCAACUAUCCAGAUCGCAUCACCACCAAGAGGCUGUUGGCGGAGAACCGCUAUGCGAAGCUGUCGAAGCCGGAAUUGAGGACCAUGGAUGUCAUGCCCGCGCCUGAGCUCGAUUGAAGAUUGUCACAUGCUCCUUUUCAGUUUCACAAGCCCCUUAUUUUAUUCCGUUGUGUAUACAAAAGCAUUACCCGGGCGCUGUGUGUUGAGAUGAGGAGUUUUACGCAGAAAAGGCGGCUACAGCACUUAGCUUGAUUUCUUUAAUGUUCGACGAUACCACUCUCCUAACGUCUAGUUACUUUUGCUUUAUCUGCUUUCCUUGCUUCUUGAUUAUGCGUAAACAAUACUUUACACAGACGGAGAGACCAGACGGGAGAAGAAAGGACGAAAGCAUCUUUUUGUUACACAAGCAAACGUCCGAAACCACUACAGUAGACCUUUCACAUACUACUUCUUCAAGAUGUUUUGAGUUGCCCAGCGAUAGGACAACGACAAGUGGGCAAGGAAACAAGAGAAUUCACUUCAGGAGAGCUAUUUCCAAGGUGUUUACCUACCUUUCACUUAUGCACUAGUUCCAGUCCAAUCGCAAACAAUACUACCCGGUAGUUACAUCAUGAUGCCCACCCAGUGAUGAUGAUUUCAGGCGUCAAAUGAGAGAGGAAACUAUGCCAGCUGACCAAGAAAGGGAAGUACAUAAGCUACCUACAGUAUUCAAGUCGUCCUCCGCU